GUUUUGGCCGGCGGAGGGUCUCAUGUUCUGGAAGAGCGUUCUUUUGGCCGAGGUCCAAGUGUAGGGGGGGGGAGAUCAUGGCGGGGGCCAUGACAUCUCCCCAGACUUCAUUGCGCCCCAUACGACCCUGGCCCCCCCCCCGGGCCGCGCGCAUGCCGCCGGCCAUGGCUUGCGCCCACCCCCUUGGGCGCCCCCCUCUUGGACGACCCCGUGGACGGCGGCGCGGAGAGCCCGGGGAUGGCAGCCGCCACGGCCGAGGCCACGGACACCUGCAGCGCUGGGCGGCACGGGUUCGGGCAGGUGCGGGGCUGCAGCAGCGGCAGGCCGGGCGGCGUCCGCCGGCCUCACGGCACCGUCUUCGGGUUGGCGGGUUCGGAGGUGGCGCAGUUAGCCAGGGAGGCCAGGGGAAGGUUGGUCGGGAGCCAGGCGACCACCCCGCUCGAGCCGCUUGGCCGGCAGGUCUCCUGCGGGCAACGCGCGGAGAAGGCGCAGACGGUCAUCGUAUUCGAUUGGGACGACACGCUGUUCCCGACCACCUACGUGAAGGACGAUUUGGGCCUCUCCAUCAUGCAGCGCCUGCAGGACCAAAGGCUCCGGCCUCAGAAGAUGGCGCGCGUCCAGGCCGCGCUGGCGAAGGCCGCGCGCGCUGUCGAGCACAUCCUCCAGCUGGCGGGCAGGCGCGGCAAGGUCGUCAUAGUGACCUUGGCCAAGCGGCCGUGGGUCACCGACUGCUGCGAGUCGUUCUAUCCUGGGAUCGCCGAGCUAAUCGAAGAGCUCGACGUUCAGAUCGUGUAUGCGCAGGAGGGUACGCAGAUUGAGCAUGACAAGUUGAACAUGAUGGCCGAUGAUCAGCUUGAGACCUUCUGGGCCCAGACGAAGGGCAAGGCCAUCUCCAAGGCGCUGAGGGAGUUCUACUCUCAGUACGAGGGGCAGUCCUGGAAGAACAUCAUCUCUCUGGGGGGCUCCCACUUUGAGCGAUACGGCACGAUGGCAGCGACGAUGCAGUAUGCAGUGGCCCGAGGCCUGGUCGGUGAGGAGGGGGCCCUCUCCACCGGUGCGCCGACGGCUGCGGGCGCGUGCCUGGCCUCGGUCGGCUCGAUGGGCUCGCAGCUGUCCGUGUCGAGCGCGAAGCGCCAGGAGCAUGCCUGGCGAGGAAGGCGGAUGUCCUGGGAGGGGGCCGUCGGCGGCCAGAAGGUCAAGGUGCAGACGAAGACCGUCAAGAUGCUGGUCGAGCCGACGGUGAAGGAGCUCAUCGUGGAGAUGAGCAUGCUGCGGCGAUGGCUCCCCCUGAUGGUUGGGCUCGACAACGGCUUCGACGUCGACCUCAACAGCCUCGACGACGAGGCGGAGAUCGCUGAGAUCGAGAACACGCUGCGCGGGCGUGAGUGCUGAAGCAGACUUAUGUGUCUCGUCCUCGGCAUGACGAGCGUACUACUCUUAAGUCGGCAGCGCUUGCGCUGGGCCUUCCCCGACGGCCUCGUGGGCCUGGAUUCGCGGCAGCCUGUCAGAGCAGCCUACCAUUGGUGUGUCAUUGUGUCUGCCGGAGCAGCCCGCGUAAUUUGCUCUGCCUCGGGGCCAACAUGAUGAGGGUACACACUCACUCCGCCCUGGCGAGCCCCCCCGCACCCCUCUGGUUGACCCAGAGAAUUUUCAGUGGCUUCCGAGAAGCCUCACCAGGGGCAUCCGAAGACCCCAUGCGUAGCACGUUGCUGCCACAGCGCUCGGGCGAGGCUGUUUCUCCUUUUUCCCAAGCUAGUCCGGGCCUCCUCUGGCGGCGAUUUUCUUCCAUUACAUCCGGGCCUCCUCUGGCGGCGACUUUCUUCCACUAGUCGAGAGGUCGGCGAGCUGUUUCUGCUGCGGCCUCGGCCCCUUCCUGCCUCUUCGGUCUGCCCCUUCCUCUGCUUUUGCCUCGGCAUCGCUCGGACGUGUGCAUUUUUCCUCCGGCG